UCUCCAAUAGAGAGAACACACACACACACACACACACACACACACACACACACAUCCACUUCCGGACACGACUGUGCCAAGCCAACCCUCUGUCCUGAGUUUUAUCAUGCAGCAUGCGCAGAUGUAACAGCAUUCUCAACGCUAACGGACUAAACAGUGCGACUCUCUCAAAACUUAAUUCAACUUUAGUAACGGGAUAUAGUCUCGUUCACAUCUCUCUCACGGGGGGGUUUCACACUCUCUGGCCGCUUUGAAUGACAAAGGCGUUCCCGUGGGAAAAACACGCGCCUUCACGACAUCAUGGAUAAAGGAACGGGACUCCGUCCUGUGAUUUUGAUCAUUGCUCUUGUGUUGUUCUGUGAGGGCCGUGUGGUGAAGGUUCCAGUCGGUCCUCUGGUACAUGUCGAGGGGCAAGCUGUCUCCAUUCACUGCGAUGUGUCUGACUACCAGGGACCCCGCGAUCAGGAAUUUGAGUGGUCUUUGGUCCUUCCUGGAAAUAACUUUCUCCAGCUCAUCUCCACCUUUGAUGGUAAUUUUGCGGACUCUUCAGUGAGGGACAGGAUUAACAGUGGUGAUAUCAGUUAUAAAAGGCUGGGAGAUGCUGCUGUUGAACUCAAAUUCAAGAAGAUCAGAGCAACAGACAGUGGCAUGUAUCGCUGCAGUACCCCGAGCACAGAUUCGGUCAUCAGCGGGAACUACCACGCCGAUGUGGAGCUCAAAGUGAUCGGGGACAGUCUGAAGGUGGCUCCAGCCAUUCCCAAAUCAGCAGUGUCUGAGGGAGAAUCAGUGGAACUCCAGUGCAACGCAACACGGGGCUUCACGGAGCACACCUUCCUCUCCGUUACUUGGUCCAUCAGGAAAGGGAGCAGCCCGUUGGAGGAAAUCUUGACAUUUGGGCCGGAUGAUAAGAUCAAAGUAGGACGCAACUACUUUCGGCGUUACACAGAUGGUGGACUUCUGUUGGACCUCCGUGGAGGUGGUUUUUAUGGACUGGUCCUGAAAAGAGCAAGGCCAUCAGAUCAAGGGGAGUAUGUGUGUGUGGCCCAGGAGUGGGUGAGACAGGGUGAAGAAGGACGAAACUGGCGCAUGAUUCUGGAGAAGUCUGAGGAAAUGGGAAAUGUUACUGUUACACCCACAGAGCUGCAAUUCAAGGUGACCCUUACAGCGUCUCUGAACCCUCAGUCCACCAGCGAGCCCACUGAACUGCGCUGUGAGGUGGUUGACCUCCUUCACCUCCAAGAUGGCCGCCUGGGUGUGACCUGGUCUUACUCUACAAACACAUCUGGAGAUGUAUCUCAGAAGAAACUCACUAUAGCCUCCCUGAAUGAACAAGGAGCGCUGAUUGCAGACAGUCAGUACCAGCAGAGGCUGGACACUGGGGAUAUAGCAGUGACCAGGAGAGAGUCUAACAUCUUCAUUCUGCGAAUGCUUCAGACUCGAGAUGCAGACAUGGGCUCUUAUUCCUGUGCUGUAACAGCAUGGAAGCCCACGCAGCAAAGUGGAUGGGAAAAAGCGAUGGAAGUCCAGUCAACGCCUGUCACUGUUCAGUGGACACCAAAGAUUCCAGAUUUGCAAGUAGUAGCUCAUCGUGUGAGAGAAGCCUCGACUGCUGGAUCCACAUUUGAGAUGAGCUGUCGGGUGACUGGUCAGAACCUGAAGAAUCCCGGCUACUCUGUGCUCAUCCGCUUCGAGGAGACCUUGGGAGGAAAGUCCCGAAAAGUGUUGUCACUCAGUCAGGACUCAGUCUUGCAGCUAGAGGAGUGGAGCGAGCCGAGCCGCAUUGACAGUGUGGUUCUGGAGAAGACCGGGCAGCUCGAGUACCGCUUCCGUUUGUAUGGGGCCCAGGUCACUGAUCGUGGGUUAUACUAUUGUGAUGUCACAGCCUGGACACGGCAUCAGAGCCAAGACUGGAUCAAAGCCAUCAGUGCGGAGUCCAAUAAGAUUGAGAUCGCUUUUGUACACACAGGCCCAGUAUUCAACAUCUCCAUUCAUUCAGAAGCAAACAAUGUGUUACCGGGAAACACAGUCCAAAUGAAGUGCAUCAUAUCCAUCCUGCAAGCUUCUCCGAACACUGGUGAUAUGGCAUUUGAAGUGCGCUGGUUCCAGAAAACAGACCGGGCUGUAGAUAACGGAGUCCAACCUCUCAUCAGCAUGGACCGCUGGGGAGUGGUAAAGAAGACCGACUCCAAUGACACCAGUCUGGAGCGCAUCGACAGGAACACGUUUGUCCUGAGCUUACACAAGAUUAAGGAUAGAGAUGUUGGAGAAUACUACUGUUCUGCCACACCCUGGCUCCUGUCCCCUGCUACUGGAGCCUGGAACAAGGAGAAGGACCUCACCUCUGCUUCAUCAUCUCUGUCCGUCAAAACAGAAUUCUGGGAGUCUUUGAUGAUGCCAGUGGGAUAUGGUUUGGCUGCUGCUGUGAUCGCUGGUCUUCUCUCGGUGCUGCUGGGUCUUGCUGUCGCCCACUGCUGUUUCUCCAGGAACCCCAUUCACACGCCCCGUCCCCGUAACAAGCUUAUGGACCUGGAUAUGGAUUAAUCCAGUCCCCCUUUGCACUGCUGUGGUCCUGCCCGGAACCACUUCGACUGACUUGAUGUAUUAUGCUUUUGAACAGAAUGUGGAUAUGCACAUUGCUUAAUAAGAGAUGGAGAACCUGUCUUGAUGCACUCCGAGGAUUGAGCCACUCCAAUUGACGUCUCCAUAUUCCCAUUUAGGAGCAAUAGACUUAUUAUUCUCAAGAAUAAAGCAUCCAGUGUUUUUUCCCCUCUACACAUCCUGACUGCUGAUAGGAUGAGAGCACCAGGAAUGAAAUAUUUUGUUAAGUACAAACUUUGGGCUGCACAAUGGCCAAACCAGCAAUGUUGCAGUUUGUACAGAUAAGGAUGAUUAUUUUAUAGCAUUUUAUAGGAAGGACUCUAACGGAAGAGCCAAGAACUUGUCAGUUGUGAGUGUGACAGAAACUCCAAUUUUAGAUUGACCUUUGCAGUCCCAGAGGCUUUGUUUGUCGGAGGUCUGCAGUGCCCCCUGCUCUGCUUGUCUAUCAAAGUUAUGCCGUCAACAGAAGGGAACCUACAAUGACUGACCCUUCCUCUCCACGGUAAAGCAUAGUGUUGAUCCACAGGCUAAAGGAAAAAUAUGUCUGAUGGAUGGGUGCUUCAAGGCUGCACUGCAUCAUUCUGGGAUCCAGAAGUGACCACUUGAGGGAACUGACCGAACAGUUUGUCAAACCGUGGCUUGGCUUUAAGGGCUCUGCCUUAAAGUUUGCUUGUUAGGCAUUUCAAAAGCCCUGAUAACUGAUAUCCACACUGUUGGCAUUAACUCAUUCCUCACUCUCUCUUUCCUGCCCACAAACAAAAAGGAAUGCCAAAAUGCAUCUCAGUUUCCCGAACUUGCAUUUUCUUUUCUUGUCAGAAUGCACUCAUUAUACUGACACAACUGACCCACACUAACAUGAUUGUUACAGAUCCUUUUGUACAAAUGUUCUCUUUAUCCACAAUGUGGUCAGAUCAGUAUUUUCUGAGAAGGGAAGCUGUUGGUAUGAGCGGGAGGCUGUUUUACUGUAUCUCAGAGUGAGAGAGAAUAUAUUCAGAGCCACAUUCAUAGAUGGAUGUCAAAAGGAAUUUCACCAAGAUGUUUUACUUCAGUUCAUUUAUGGAUAUGGUUAAUUUACUUUAGUUCAUUUAUGGAUAUUAUUGAAUGUACAUUUGUUUUAGUUUUUUUAAGAAUUGUUCUUUUUAAGAACUGUGCUUAUUUUUAGUUGUGUGAAAUUUUGUGUGCUUUUACCAACACUUGCAAUAAGUAUUUUUUUUUUUUUUUUUUUGUUAUUCAUUGACCGACUCAUUCUUGCUAUCAAUAGCAAACCAACAAAAACAAAUAUUUCCCAAUAAAAACAAAAUUUGAAAAAGUA